AUGUCCUCCUUUGCUACACGCGUCUGGCACCUCAUUGUCACGCAAGGCAUUUUGUAUCCUUUCGGUGCAUGCAUGCUAUACUACCCAACAUUCAUCUUCAUCGACGAGUGGUUUAUCAAGAAGAAAGGACUAGCAUUUGGGAUUUGCUGGGUUGGAAGUGGCAUUGCCGGUGUGGCCUUCCCACUUAUCGCUAAGUAUGCCCUCUCGCGAUUUUCCUUCCAGGUAACUAUGUGGGCAUGGGCAAUACUCAUGUUCAUCCUUACUGGGCCCUUUUUGCCUUUCGUGAAACGACGUCUCCCGCUCUCAACUCCAUCCAGUUCGGGCUCCCAGCAGAUUGCCCCCUCUUUCCUGUCUUCAAGAACCUUCAUCAUCUUACAAUUCGGAAACAUCCUGCAGAGCUUGGGAUACUUCAUACCGUCUAUUUACUUAGCGACAUAUGCCCGAUCAGUUGUUGGAGAAAUUGGCUUUGGUACGACGGCCCCAAUUGUAUCUAUGAAUGCCGGCAUGACUCUGGGCUUCAUUGUAAUCGGUCUACUUAUCGACCGAUGUCAUGUUGUCAAUGUACUUUUUACUUCCGCUAUCGGCGCGGCCCUGAGUGUCUUCAUGGUCUGGGGGAUAUCUAUCUCUCUCCCACCACUAUGCGUCUUUGCUAUGCUUUACGGUACAUUUGCUGGAAGUGGGCCUGCAGCAUGGCCCGGGAUCGUCCAACUCCUGCGAAACAGGGACCAAGCCAUUCCUGCAGGUUUUGUACUGAGUCUUCUUGCAGCUGGUCGCGGUGUUGGCUCGAUUGCCUGUGGUCCGAUCAGCGAGGCCUUGAUGAAAGGGGGCUGGACGCUGACUGGGAGGUCGAAGCUAGGGUAUGGGACCGAAUUUGGCAUACUCAUUGUCUUCACUGGAAUGACGGCGACAUUUGGGGCACUCGGGUUCGGGGCAAGAAAACUAGGAAUAAUCCAAUGA